GGCGGAAAGGAAUUGGCGGGAUCUCUUCCUCCCGUUUGUCGAAUGCGAUCGCCUACGCUUGCCACGUGGCGUUCUCUGGUGGCUUGUGUGAUUAGCGAUGGCGGUCUUGCUGGAGACGAGCGUGGGGGAGAUGGUGGUCGAUCUCUUCGUGGAUGAGUGUCCAAUGACAUGCAAGAAUUUCCUCAAGCUGUGCAAGAUCAAGUAUUACCAUAAUUGCCUUUUCCACACAAUCCAAAAGGACUUCUUGGUACAGACAGGAGACCCAACCAACACUGGAACCGGGGGCGACUCCAUGUACAAGUUCCUGUAUGGUGACCAAGCCCGUUUUUUUGACGAUGAAAUUCGGCCGAAGCUGAAGCACAACAAAGUUGGGACUGUCGCAAUGGCAAGCGCGGGAGAAAAUUUGAAUGCAUCUCAGGUGCGGGAUAAUAAAAAAAAUGAACAAUAAAAAUAAACAUAAAAAUAAAAAUAAAAGUAAAACUCCAUAAAACUU